AAAAUCAUGUCCCUCCAGGUGGGUUUCCUCGCCGCCGCCGUCUCUGUUCCUCCUCCUCGAGGAUUCCUGAGUCUCAUGUUGUCUCGUUCUCUGCGUCAGGUUGUUGUCGUCGCCGUGCUGUCCCUCGUGGCGGCCGGCGCCCACGCCCUCCCCAGCAACCUGCCCUCCUAUCAUGCCCCAGCGCCCUCCUACCACGCCCCCGCGCCCUCCUACCACGCUCCCAGGCCGACAUAUGCACCCAAGCCUUCUUACACACCCAAGCCGUCCUACGCCCCUAGGCCUUCCUACCACACCCCCGCCCAGUACGCUGAU